AACCACGUUAAGAAAACACUGAGGGUGAGCUAACUUCUUCGUCAACUAACAAAAAAAAUUUUAAGUGGAAUUCUAGACAAAAAUGUUUUCAAGGUUUUUGAUUUAUAAAUCUUAAUAGACAGUUCUGAACAAAACACCCUGUAUUUUUUAAAUUUAAAAAUAAUUAAUCUUAUAGCUAUCAAAACUAAUAGAUUUAGGCAGAUUAUUUUUGGUUUUAAUAAAUUCGCACAUAACAUAUAAAGUUAGCUUAGGAUAUACUGGCCGGCUGUUACGCCAUACAUAUACAUACUGGUCCUUGUAAUGUCACAUGGAUGUUCAGUUUAAUUCGAGUUGAAGUAUUCAUCAUACAGGAUGUCAAGGCUUUUUGCCAGCUUUAUGAGAGACUUUAUAUUUAAUUUCUUGAUUCUUCAUCUAGUCCCUUGAACUGCAAAGGUCCUAGAUGUCUAAGACGAGUUCUAAAUAAGGCUGGAUAGAAGCAGAGGAGGUCUUCCAGUGUCUUUCUCAUUGUCUACUUUACUGUACUUUCUACAUGUGUCGUUGUUACUAAUGUCCAUCCAGCUGGCAUGUGAUGCAUAGGCUAUCAGCUUGUGUGCUUUCCUUUAAAAUUUUUUCAAAAGCUCAUAAGCUAGAAGUGUUCCUGCAUGCGCCUAUCUGAGCAAUUUGACUUCGUUCUAUUCCCCAUUAAUUCUGCAACUCAGUGCAGUCCCAGUGAAUCUACCCUUCCUAUAGCCGUGCUGCUUUUGAUAUGCUAGCCAAUACAAGGUUUUCUCUAAUGUUGGCACCUGGCUUCCUUUCGAAUGUCUUCAGAAGGAAUGACACCAAUAGGUGUAUAUUCUUUUGAAUAACGGGGAAAUUCUUUGCCCAUCCUAGGUAUGAAUACCGUCCUGGCCACUCAUCAAAGGAUAGGUAUAUAAUUAAGUUUUCAUAUAUUGAUAUAUUAGUUAAGUACUCUUUAUUAUACUAGUUAAGUAGGUCUUUAUAUUCCCUCCAGCAGGAUACUAUCUAUACGAUUUGACGAUACGACAGUUCUUAACACUACGCCUAAGUGAUCCGAACUCACUCUUUAUUCCACUAAGGCGGCUUCGAGCCACGCUUGGCAUGUACCGGAUUGCUCGCGAUAUAAUACGCUUUUUUGAGAAUGUUUGUAAGUGUGCAUAUCCGUUCCCCUAGUUCAGAGGUUGAGUCACAUUCCUCGAGUCUAGUUAGAUUACCUAUUACUAUAUUCCUGUAGAAAUCUCACUUAGUGUACUUUUCAUUUCUGAAGGUUUCACUUUUGCUGAGGGCCGAGAAUUCUGCUUGAAAUACACAUAUCUUCAACAGUGAUUCAUCAUCAUGGGGCAUGUAACAGGAUGCAGGGAAUGGUGUCUCAUCCUUGCCAUCCUUUACGGCUCGGUCAGGUCAUCUGAGGAGAAAUUUAGAUCAAUAUAUGAAAGUAUACUUUUCUUUACCAGUAUAGCUGUCCUCGCCUGGUUUGUUCCACUCGAGAAUUAUGUAUAACAGAAAUCUGCAAUGAGUACUAAUAAAAUUAGUGCACUUAAGUCAUGAGCUAUAAAAAUUGAUGCAAAUGCGUACUCAUUCUCAUAUAAAAAAUUACUAAAGGCCCUAACCCAAUGCUGGCUGGCUUUACUUGCUUACUUUCGCUUGACAUACAUUGAAUGCUUGUAUGACCAAAAAAGCGCUUUGAACGCUGUCAAAACAAUCGGCUGAUUCGAAAAGAAACUAAAGAAAAACGGAUGCCACUCACUUAAUAUUUGGUGGAUCAAACUAAACCAAACAAAACAUAUGUAAUAAUUUGUUAUUAAAUGUUAUAUAAUUAUUCACAAAUUGUUAAUUUUCUGCAUACACAUAUACAGUCCUGCGCAAAAAAAACCGGACAGUUAAAUUACCCCUAUUUAAAGAUCUUGAGUAUGAAUCAUCUUAGCGGCAAGUAGUUUUUCCUGUGUAUAAAAAGAACAGUUUUGAAUAUAUUUGUAUCAUUAAUAAGCCAAUAAGUGAAAUAGUUUAUUCGUGACAAGUGUUUAUAUAAAAAAUAUGCCAAGAUCGAAGCAAAUGAGUGAUGCCGUUAAGGGAAAAAUUGUCGCAUCAUCGCAGCAAAAAUUGUCUGUACGUCAAAUUGCUGAUAAAGUAAGAUUCAGCAAAUCAUCUGUUGGAAAUUUUUUUAAAGAAAGUUGCAGAAAUGGGAUUAACGGAGCAGAAAAAAGGAUCUGGACGACGAAAAAAGACGACGCCUGCUAAAGGCCGGACGAUUAAGCGGGGAAGCUCUUGGAUGCAUCUGGCGUCGAAAUAAAUUCAUCUUCUAUGCGUAGGAGAUUGAUAAAUGCCGGACUUUAAAGAAGACAUCAGUGCUGAGCACUGGAAGAAUGUGAUCUUUUCGGAUUAAGCGAAGUUUAACCUCUUUGGAUCGGAUGGUAUCCACCAUGUGGGAAGCAGAUCUGGUGAAAAGGCAUUUACUACCAGUCGUCGAAGAGCAGUAUUCUCUAAGAACGGACGUUAUAUUUCAGGAUGAUUCUGCGCCAUGUCACCGAUCUCACAAAGUAAAAGAAUUUCUGGAAAAAAACGGUAUUGUCCAAUUGGAAUGGCCGGGUAAUAGCCCCGACCUAAACCCAAUUGAUAACCUCUGGGCCGUUGUAAAGAAGCAGGUAGCUGAAAAAAAACCUAAGAAAAAAACUGACCUGGAUAACAUUAUAAUGGACACUUGGCACAACGGUAUUUCGGAAGAAUUGUUACAAAACCUGGUUACAUCAAUGCCGAGACGUAUUAAAGCGGUAAUUAAGGCAAACGGUGGCCAAACAUGGACCCUGCCAGAAUAUCAAGAUAAAGUGUUUGUGUGCAAUUAUCGCUUCAAAAAGGAAUUUACUAACGAUAAUGUGUCAGAUUGGACUGUUAAUGCCUUAAACCAUUUUAAGCCAAUUGACUUAGUCAGAGAAAAAUAAGCGAAAAAACAUCUUUAUAAGCAUAUUUGAACUUGUAUUUUAAUUGCAACUUUGAUUUUCAAAAUUAUAUAGUUGUGUAUGAAAAAAGUUGGAAGAACAUGUAAGAGAUUCAAUUAAUUUAUUCAAUGGUUUUGCAUAUUUAUUAAAAAUAUAAAUUUUUUGAAAUUAAAAGCCCA